GCUGUACCGCCAGUUGCUAAGUGACAGCCAAUGACAGAUUGGACCUCGCUUGUUAUUGUGGAGCCUUCGCGGAAGUGAUUCUGCGUAUUCCUAUUGGUAUUUUUUGUUUGUUUUCUUUUUUCAUUGUCGCUUAAUCGACCGGACUUGAAAGAAGGAGACUGCGAGCCCGGGGCCGGGGACACAGGGAGACGCUGUUAUGUUGCGAUGGCUUCUGGGAAGUCGAGAAGCUCACAAUGGAGUGGAGAAAUCUGCGGUAGUAGAUAUUGGGGAAGAACAGACACAGAACCCUUAUACAGAACUGUCAGUGCUACAGGGACAUAAUGAUAUUGUUCGUUUCCUUCUGCAGAUAGAUGAGUCCAGGUUUGCAUCUGCAUGUGAUGAUGGAUCAGUCUUUAUAUGGGAUGUUCAGACCGGAGAUAUACUGUGUGAGCUGCGUGGACAUACACAGAAGAUCACAGCUAUCGUUGCUUGGGGAGCAUCGGACAUUCUUCAGGGAAAGACAGAUAUAAUUCUGACCGCUUCCUCGGAUAAAACAGUGAUUGCCUGGGAUUGUGACAGUGUACAGCAAGUGCAGAAGGCAACCGAUUUCCACUCCACUGUAAAGACACUGCUAGUCCUUCAGAGCCUGGAUGUGUGGCUGUCUGGUGGCAAUGAAUUGCGUGUCUGGAACCGGGAAUUCAAUCUGCUAUGUGAGACUGGCUAUUUUGUGGAUGGUGGUAUCAGCUCUUUGAUUGAACUACCCAAAAACUGUGUGGCUGCAGCCAUUGGCAAAGAUUUAAUAAUCUUUAAACUCAGUGUUGCCAGCAGAGAGAGUGAUCAGUGGGAUGUGUCUGAAGUAAGGUGCCUGACUGCUCACCAAGAUAUCAUUCGCUCACUGAUAACGGUCAAUGAUCUAACCUUUGUGAGUGGUUCCCAUGCCGGAGAGCUAAUUGUUUGGGAUGCCUUAGACUGGACAUUUAAGGCGGUUGAGCGAAACUUUUCAGAGAUCUUAUCCCCUCAAGAUGCUCCGCAAGAAAUUAAACUACUGCAGACACCAGAGGAGAUUUCUGUUCAACAUCUUGCAUCCGAUGAAGAAAGUGUUUUCGCUGCAGUGGGAAGAGGCCUCUACGUGUACAACCUGCAGGUGAAGCGAGUGAUUGCUUAUCAGAAGAGAGCCCAUGACUCAAGCAUCCAGCACAUUGCAAAACUUCCCAAUGGGCAGUUUGUUUCCUGCUCAGAGGAUGGCAGUGUUCGUAUCUGGGAAUUGCGCUCCAAGCCACUUCACGCAGAGUCAGUGCCGGCAGGCUUCUUUAGUAUGUGGGGAUUUGGAAAAGCUGCCAAGCAAUCCAGUCAUGCAGUGAAGAAACCACAUGAUACUGGGAUAGUAGCAACUCUGGAGCUGAUUGGGAAUUUAAUUGGCCAUUCAGGAUCCGUACAGAUGUUCCUUUAUUUUAAAGAUCACGGCCUGGUAACGUGCUCUGCUGACCAUCUCAUCAUCAUAUGGAAGGAAGGGAAUCGCGAGUCUAGGCUUCGCAGCUUGAUGCUGUUUCAGAAGCUAGAGCAAAAUGGCGACCUGAACCCAAGGUUUUCCCUUAACUGAGCUACUUGCAGGGGGAUCUAGCGGUAUGGUUUACAGCAGCAGCCUUCACACUGUGCUUCUCCAUAACCACAGCGCCUCCCAGCAAGCUCAUUCUGUUGGGCAGUGCCGGGAGUUGCUUGGCCACUGUAGCUAGAGAGCAACGGGAUGUAGGUUUCUGUAGUAUUACAGUAUUCACUGGGUGUAAAUAGUAGCAGAGACACUGAUCAUUUUAAGAUUGGCAUCAUGUUUACAAAAUUGAAUGACUGCCACUGAUUGCAUUGUGCUACUCUUACAAUGAAGCUUUUAUUUUUGUACAAAUGUUUUAUAUUUUAUUUUAGCUUUUUUUAUGUUGCCUUUAAUCUUGUAUUUUGCCCUGGUGCCAGUAAUAGUUUUUCCAGAGAGGUCACAUGGUUAUUACCCCUGUAUAAAAUACAGGAGACUGGAUUAGUAAUAAUCCCCAGCAAGACUUGCCUCUGUACAUUCAUCCUGACAUCUGGGCGUCAAUGCUAUUAAACUGCCCUGAAGUAGCAGAAUCCUGAGUCUCCAGAGGAUGGGCCCGUCCUACACAGUGCAAAUCAGCAUAAGUUUUAGUGCUAAGUGUGCACUUUGCCCAGAGAUUGUUUCACAAUGGACAUAGAAGGAAGAGACAGUGGCGGAAAGAUUGUUAAUUGCCUGUCAAGAGUCAUGGUUCUUCCCUGACAGCUUUUUAGGCCACUUUCACCUGCAAUUAAGGCCGAGGCUGUUAUGUCCUGGAAAGCUGGCAGUACCCCAUCUGUGAGACUGGGGCCAUUAAAGGAACAUUUUACAAAGAAGUUUGGAAAAGAAAGAAGGGCAUGCCUAUGACUUUAGCUGCUCUUAAAGGAAUACUGUCAUGGGAAAACAUGUUUUUUACACAAAACAUCAGAUUCCUGCAUUGAAAUACAUUUUUCAAAAAAACAAACAGAUUUUUUUAAACUUAAUAUUGAAAUUUGACAUGGGGCUAGCCAUAUUCUUAGUUUCCCAGGUGCCCAAUACUCUGAUAAAAUUCAGCCACUUUUUACUGCUGCGCUGCAAGUUGGAGUAAUAUCACCUUCCCCCCCAGCAGCCGAUCAGCAGAACAACGGGAAGGGAGCAAGAUAGCAGCUAUUUGACACCUACAUUGCUAAAAAAAAUUAGCCCAUGCCCCACCUAGUGGUAGAUAUGAGAAUAACACUCAAUAGUAUGAAAUCUAAGUCCGGCUUGGGACUCCUCCAGUUACACCUGAGUAGAAGAAAUAAUAGGUUACCUGAAAGCAGUUCUAAUGUGUAGUGCUGGCUCCUUCUGAAAGCUCAGACUCAGGCACAAUGCACUGAGAUGGCGCCUACACACCAAUAUUACAGCUAAAAAAUACGUUUGUUGGUUUAAGAAUAAAAUUUUAUUUAGCAUAUGCUAUUUAGGUUUCUGAAGGGUUAAAUUCGGCGCUCAUAUAGUGUGCGUCAAAAAUGUUUUCAAAAAGUCACGAUUUUUAGGAUUCGUUUCGGCCAGGAGUGUGGAUUCUGCCGAAUCCGAAUCCUGCUGAAAUAGGCCGAAUCCUGGGUUCGGUGCAUCCCUAGGUUUUACCAAUGAAGAUUUACCCAAUGAGGUCAGGUUCCCAUGCACACACAACAUACCACUACUAUUGUUUGUGGCCAAAGUUCUUCAAAAAUGUUAUUGGUACAGGUAUAGGAUCCAUUAUCUGGAAACCCGUUAUCCACAAAGUUCAGAAUUACGGGAAGGCCAUCUACCAUGGUCUCCAUUAUGAGCAAAUAAUUCUCUUUAAAAAUGAUUCCCUUUUCUCUGUAAUAAUAAAACAGUACCUGUACUUGAUCCCAACUAAGAUAUAAUUACCCCUUAUUGGGGGCAGAACAGCCCUAUUGGGUUUAUUUAAUGGUUAAAUGAUUCCCUUUUCUCUGUAAUAAUAAAACAGUACCUGUACUUGAUCCCAACUAAGAUAUAAUUACCCCUUAUUGGGGGCAGAACAGCCCUAUUGGGUUUAUUUAAUGGUUAAAUGAUUCCCUUUUCUCUGUAAUAAUAAAACAGUACCUGUACUUGAUCCCAGCUAAGAUAUAAUUACCCCUUAUUGGAGGCAAAAUGAUUUUUAGUAGACUUAAGGUAUGAAGAUUCAAAACAAGGAGAGAUCACUUAUCCGAAAAUCCCAGGUCCCGAGCAUUCUGGAUAACAGGUCCUAUACCUGUACGAAUCACUUGUGUGUUUUUCUCAUGAUCUCCUGUAUAACUAUGUGACUGCUCUAUGUAUUUAUUGUGUUGUUAUUAUGACUACACAAAUGCACUUUUUUACUUUUCUGCUUUUAACUUAUAAUUGUUCUGAUGCUUCAGUAAUAAGUACAAGUUCUAGGGAUGAUUUAUGAAGUGCUAUGUGCAAGUACCGGCGCACUAAUGCUUGCAGGAUAUACCGUAUCCUAGGUUGCUGAGCUUUACUGGCAGGCUCCCUGGUGUAUUGGUUAACUAUUCAUUUAUAAUUAUCAUGUAUUAGAGAAAAAAUACAAAAAAAAUUCCUUUUGUGUUGAAAAUUAUGCACAGGUCUUACUAAGGCAACUCCUGCCAUCGCCAUUGCUCUGUACAAAGUCAUGUUCAUAAUAUGGUUGUAUAUGUAUAAUAAAAUGGUUGCCUGUCA